AUGACCUCGGUAAAUUUGGAGUGGGGUUGCUGCAGUGCUGGCAACGAUGAUGUCAAUUAUACUCAAUGCUCGAAAUGCAAAAAAGCGUAUCACCAUCUGUGCCUUUUUGCGGGAAAGAACAAACCUACAUCCACAAAAGCUCCAAAGGAUUGGUUGUGCCCCCGUUGUCGAGAAUCAACACCAAAAGUUUCCAAAAAUGACAACACACCUAUUCGUACAGCCCAAAAUGUUACCCUGCGACCAACAAAAAGACCUGCGUUGUCAUCCCCGCCAAAUAAACAGGAUUAUCCUGUAACACGAGAGGAAAUUCGAGAAAUUAUGGAAGAAAUUUUAUUAAAGCAUAUGGAUGACUUUAAGAAGCAGUUUUGUGGCGAGUUACUAUCGGUGAAGGAAGAAAUGAGAAGCAUUAAUAAAGCUAUGGAUCACAUGAGUGAUCAAGUGGAGGAUAUGGUGAAAAAAUAUAAAGAGAACCAUGAGCUAAUAAAAACACUGCAAAAACAUGAGAGCGAAAUGCAAUCAAAUAUUAUAAACCUAACCGCACGUAUAAAUUUAUUAGAACAAAAUGCUCGUUGUAAAAACAUUGAGAUUCAAUGCGUACCCGAGAAAAAAAGUGAGAACUUGAUUGGCGUUGUAAAAAAACUCAGCGAAGUAGUUGGACUUGAUCUUAAAGAUGAUAACAUUGUCCAUGUGACAAGAACGGCCAAACUCAAUUCCGAAAUUAAGCGUCCACGCUCCAUAAUCGUGGAGCUUAGCAAUACAAGAGUUCGGGACUCCUUCUUGUCGGCGGUCACAAAGUUCAACAGACCAAAGAACCUAAGUGACAAACUUAAUAGUUCUCAUCUAGGGUUUAUGGGGCCCAAGUCAGCAAUUUACGUCAUGGAACACUUAUCUCCUGCAAACAAAUCAUUACAUGCGGCAGCCAGACAGACAGCGAAAGAAAAGAGUUAUAAAUACGUGUGGGUUCGAGGUGGACGUAUAUUUAUGCGUAAAAGUGAUGACACGGGCUACAUAUUUGUUAGGGACAAUAAUGUUCUUAAUAACUUAAAAUAA